UGUUUCGUGUCCAACAAAGUGCUGUGGUUGGCAGUUACCAAGAAGAAAAACCGACACUUCUGAGAAUGUUUAUUUUGCUGCAUUGUUAACCUUCUUUUCAGUUUUUGAAAGCUUUUGCGGGUAUAUAAAAGUGGCGUAUAAACGGAGUCAGAAGGUGAUUCCGUUGUCGGACGGUGCUGGGACGCUUUGUGGAGGAGCAAGUUUUUUUUUUUCUUCGUUCAAUAAAAAAGGCAGACGUGCUGCCAUAAGAAAAAAAAAAAAAAAAAAAAAACAGAACCAGGACCUAGCAACGAGUCGGCAAGUCAGCAAGACCUGGGAGAACCACGACACUGCCGCUUCAGCGCCACGGGGAGUCGGGGCCCGAGAGGGAGCCUGCCAGGCCCUUUGGCUUGAUGCACCCAGCCUGCCUUACCUUAACCACCACAGUCCGAGAUGGGGGAAACCAAAAUUAUCUACCACCUCGACGACCAGGAGACGCCGUAUCUUGUGAAGCUGAAUGUCCCGGCGGACAAAGUCACCCUCGCAGACUUCAAAAAUGUCCUCAAGAAACCAAAUUACAAAUUCUUCUUCAAGUCUAUGGACGAUGACUUUGGGGUUGUAAAGGAAGAAAUAUCCGAUGACAACGCUAAGCUGCCCUGUUUCAAUGGACGUGUGGUGUCAUGGCUGGUUUCUGGAGACGGCGCUCACACAGAUUCAGGCUCAGUGGCUGAUAGCACAGAGCCAACACCACCUUUGGAGAGGACCGGGGGCAUUGGAGACUCGAGACCACCUUCCUACCAUGGGAAGGCAGCGAGCGGGCGGGACAGUUUGGACAAUGACACAGAAACCGGCUCCAUGGCGUCGCAAAGGAGAGAGAGGGAGAGGCCGAGACGGAAGCACACAAACGAUCACGGUGGGAGACAGAACGGAUACACUCCCCGAGCGAUGGGACGCAGAGGAGCCGAGUACGACAGCUGCUCAUCCUUCAUGAGCAGCGAGCUGGAGUCUACUUCCUGCUUCGAUUCAGAGGACGAUGACGCAACCAGCAGAUUCAGUAGUUCGACUGAGCAGAGCUCAUCUAGACUAAUGAGACGACACCGCCGCCGCCGGCGGAAACCGAAGGCGUCUAACAUGGACAGGUCUUCAUCAUUCAGCAGCAUCACAGAUUCCACCAUGUCGCUGAACAUCAUCACUGUAACGCUCAACAUGGAGAAAUACAACUUCCUGGGCAUCAGUAUUGUGGGUCAGAGUAACGAGAGGGGAGAUGGGGGCAUCUACAUCGGCUCCAUCAUGAAGGGAGGAGCUGUGGCUGCAGAUGGACGUAUAGAGCCUGGGGACAUGCUGUUACAGGUGAACGACAUAAACUUUGAGAAUAUGAGUAACGACGAUGCGGUCAGAGUACUACGGGACAUUGUGCACAAACCAGGCCCCAUUACUCUCACUGUUGCAAAAUGCUGGGACCCAAACCCCCGAAGCUGCUUUGCUCUGCCCCGAAGUGAGCCCAUCCGGCCCAUUGACCCAGCUGCGUGGGUGUCCCACACUGCUGCUAUGACUGGGGUCUACCCUCCUUAUGGCAUGAGCCCUUCCAUGAGCACCGUCACAUCCACCAGCUCCUCCAUCAGCAGCUCGAUCCCUGAAACUGAGCGAUUCGAUGACUUCCAUCUCUCAAUCCACAGCGACAUGGCAACGGUUGCUAAAGCUAUGGCCUGUCCAGAGUCAGGACUGGAGGUGCGGGACAGGAUGUGGCUCAAGAUAACCAUCGCUAACGCCUUUAUCGGUUCUGAUGUGGUGGACUGGCUCUUUCACCACGUCGAAGGCUUCUCAGACCGCCGUGAAGCACGGAAAUAUGCGAGCAAUCUGCUGAAAGCUGGCUACAUCCGACACACUGUCAACAAGAUCACCUUUUCUGAACAGUGCUAUUAUAUCUUUGGAGACCUCUGCGGCAAUAUGACCCACCUGUCCCUCCAUGACCACGAUGGCUCCAGUGGGGGUGCCUCAGACCAGGACACCGUACCUCCUCUGCCUCACCCAGGGGCAGCUCCUUGGCCUAUGACCCUUCCUUAUCAGUUUCCUAUUCCCCAUCCCUACGACCUUCCCCAGCCUUUCCUUGGCGGGCCAGGCGCUGGCAGCGCAGGGAGCCAGCACAGUGGAAGCAGCGGUUCCAACUGCAGCAAGAACGAGGGUCGGAAGUCUGGCGGCAGUGGCAGCGAAUCGGAGAUCAGGAGCCACCGAGCUCCAAGUGAGCGCUCAGCGGCGCCCCCCAGUGAGCGAAGCAUCCGGAGCUCCCUCAGCCAUCGCAGCGUCAACUCCCACUCUAUGGCCUUUGGGCCUGGCCUCGUCUAUGGCCCCCCAGGCCUCCCCCCCCAGCCCGCACAUUUGUCUACUGCUGCACCUGGCGCCCCUCAAGGCAGAGAGAUAACCUCUGUGCCCCCUGAGCUUACGGCCUCACGUCAGUCUCUGCGUAUGGCUGUGGGCAACGCUGGAGAGUUCUUUGUUGAUGUGAUGUGACAUUGGGUUGUAGUUGGAUAACAAAGUAGCAGAUUUGAUAUUGUUUUGCCAAAAGGAUAAGAAGGACGACGUGGCAGAGCAAGAAGCAGUCAAGAUAGCAUAAAGCUAAAACCCAAGGCCUUGAUUACACUAAAGCAGAAAUGGAACCAACCCAGUCUUGCAUGCUAAGAAAAAAAUGCUCAUCCUCCCCUGUGUUUCUCCUCCUUUUAAUAAUUCCCAUACUUUCUUCAGUGAAGAAACGCCCUCACUCAACACGGAACCAAAGUGUCUUUCUCAGUGUCUGCUUCACAGAGGGGAAAAGUUUGUUUAAGGGGAGAGCAGGGUUGUCUAGUUAAAAACUGAGAAGAUGACUCGGCGCAUUUCCACAUGGAUGUUUUUGAUUUGUUCUGCUCUGUACUCCUACCUCUCCCAUUCUUUAUCUGUUUUUUUGUCCUUCCCCCACCCUUGUCCACGUCAAAACUGAGAGAGAAAAAAGGUUUCUCUCGUUUUUCGUUCCCACUUGCUGACCUCUAUCAAGAAAACAAAACGUACAAAGCUGAAGUGAACAAUAACCUUUAUUCAGAUGUUUAAGAGAUAUGCUUGACAUAAGAAAGAUCAAAACUUUUGUAUGUAGGGUUGCAGUCUUUUUUUACUGAAAAAAUGCAUUUGUUAUAUGCAUAGUUGGUCAAAAACUAGUUUCAUUUUUAAAAGUUUAACAUGAACAUUUUAGCUCCAAGAGUAAUUUUUUACACUACAUUUGUUAAAUUUCCAUCUGCUAACCAGAAAAUCUUCAGUCUUGUGAUAAUGUAAAGUGGAAAAAAAAUCUUGUCUUUCACACUACUUUUAUCAAGGAAAAUGACUUUUUAUUUAUAAAUAUAGUUUUAUGACAUAAUUA